AUGGGUUGUGGCAUGAGCACUGAAGAGAAGGAGGGCAAGGCCCGCAACGAGGAGAUUGAGAACCAGCUCAAGCGCGACAAGAUGAUGCAGCGCAACGAGAUUAAGAUGCUGCUUCUGGGUGCCGGUGAAUCCGGAAAGUCGACGAUCCUCAAGCAGAUGAAGCUCAUUCACGAGGGAGGCUACUCUAGGGACGAGCGCGAAUCGUUUAAAGAGAUCAUUUUCAGCAACACCGUGCAAUCGAUGCGCGUCAUCCUUGAGGCCAUGGAGUCCCUCGAGCUGCCGCUGGAGGAUCAGCGCAUGGAGUAUCACGUCCAAACCAUCUUCAUGCAGCCUGCACAGAUUGAAGGAGAUGUCCUGCCUCCUGAGGUUGGCAGCGCCAUUGAGGCUCUAUGGAAGGAUCGUGGUGUGCAAGAGUGCUUCAAGCGCUCGCGCGAAUACCAGCUCAACGAUUCGGCGCGAUACUACUUCGACAAUAUCGCCCGCAUCGCGGCUCCGGACUACAUGCCAAACGACCAGGAUGUUCUCCGAUCGCGAGUGAAGACAACUGGUAUCACUGAGACAACCUUCAUCAUCGGCGACCUGACCUACCGCAUGUUCGACGUCGGUGGUCAGCGGUCUGAGCGCAAGAAGUGGAUCCACUGCUUCGAGAAUGUCACAACCAUCCUCUUCCUAGUCGCCAUCUCCGAGUACGACCAGCUUCUCUUCGAGGAUGAGACCGUCAACCGUAUGCAGGAGGCUUUGACUCUGUUCGACUCGAUCUGCAACUCUCGGUGGUUCAUCAAGACCUCCAUCAUUCUGUUCCUGAACAAGAUCGACAGAUUCAAGGAGAAGUUGCCCGUCAGCCCUAUGAAGAAUUACUUCCCUGACUACGAGGGCGGUGACGAUUACGCGGCGGCUUGCGACUACAUUCUCAACCGCUUCGUUAGCUUGAAUCAGCAUGAGACCAAGCAAAUCUACACGCACUUCACAUGUGCAACUGACACCACCCAGAUCCGGUUCGUCAUGGCUGCGGUAAACGAUAUCAUCAUUCAGGAGAACCUUCGCCUCUGUGGUCUUAUCUAA